GUACGACAGCCAAUGGAUUUGUACCUACGUAUUCUACCUAUCGCUUCACGCUUUUAGGGAAGCUCUUUAACCAAUCAUUGCGGGCAUGGCGACCAGCCGAUCUGUCUGCGUAGUGUGUAUGAAGUAGAACCCUGAUAUGCAGAUGUUUGCAUUGUGAACACAUUAUUGGAAUGGAGGUAUUAGAUGCAAUUGUUGACGAGGUGGCUCUGGAAGGCCUGGACGGAAUAACUAUUCCUGCUCUUUGGCUGCGGCUGCAGGCUCGUGUCCCUCCUUUUCCUUUGCUUCUGGAUGAGGCUACUAAAGAGUUCAUAUGGCAGUCACUGGCGGUUCAUCCUGAGCUCGAAUUCUAUGAGCUGCCUGUAGAGAGGCAGCCUCUGGUACUUAGCAAUCGGUAUGAAGGUAUUGACUGUGAUCCUGUUGUCUUGAAAGCCAAAGGAGGCCCCUGCUCUGAGGACAUAUACCCAAUACAUAUUAUUUCUGAAAAUAAAGAUGGCAUUCAGGGCUCCUGUCAGUUUUUUGAAGAAAGGAUCUUAGUUACAGACCAGUUGAGAAUGCACACUUUUACAUGUGAACAAGUGUUUGAAAGAUGGGGAGAAAAACUUCUAAUUGUUGGGUCACAAGCCUUGCGUUUAAGAGCUUUAAUCGGUUGGGAAGGGGAUCCAACAGUACUGCUUCCGGAUUGUUCGUACUGCAUACUUGAAAAACUGGGAAGGUCCAGAUGGCAAGGGGAACUUCAGAGAGAUCUUCAAGGAUCAUUCAAGGUUGAUGCUGGGAAAAUCCAUUAUCUGAGACGUGCACUGGAUAGGAAUGGGCUUAUAACAAUGCAGUCCCAUAUAAUUAAAUUAUCCAAUGGAACUCAGCAGCAUUCAUUACUUUUGCUUCUGAAGAGAUUUCAUAUUGAUAGGAGAAAUAAGUACGAUAUGCUGUCGGAGAAAGUGUCAGCCCUAUUGAGUGAAUGCGAGAAUCAGAUAGAAACUCUGAUUAAUCUUAGGGAAGAACUGGGAGUGCAUGAGCGGAUAUUCAAGCGCCUUUACUAUUACAUGGCAAAUGCUGGAAUUGUGAAAAUAAUUUCUUUACCUUUGCAAGAAUUGCAGCCACUUGCAGAGCGAUGUAAGACUAAAAGGGGCACCGAUAUAAUGGUCCGUUGUGUAAAACUUCUAAAGGAAUAUAAAAGAAAAGUUGAUGAUUCUGAUGAUGAUGAGGAGGAAGAUAUAAGAAAUCGUAUUGUCCCUGUGGACAUAAUUUGUGAGAAGGAUAUGUUAACACAAACCUAUGAGCUCAUUGAAAAUAGGGGAACCAAAGGAAUUUCUCAAAGUGAGAUCAGGAUGGCAAUGAAUGUGGGAAAGCUGGAAGCCCGGAUGUUAUGCCGUUUAUUAGAAAGAUACAUGCUCAUUAAGGGAUUCAUGGAAGACGAAGGUCGUCAAAGAACCACAAAAUUUAUUUCCCAUGUAUUUGUUGAAGAAAGUGACUUGCGCAGACAAUUUUUAGAAGAAAAGGCAAAAAGUGAAAAGCUGUCAAUGUUUAGUUUAGCAUCUGUUCAGAAAGUUGGAGAAAACUCGAUGGCAACUGAAGACAAUACAUACUUAGAGGCAGAUAACCUAAAAGAGGAAGACAUAGAGAUUAAAAAGCAAAAGGAGCAUGAGGCAAAUCCGCUUCCGAGUCAGCUUUCGAUUUACCCUAGCAAUACAUCAACACCAAGAGGAAAAUCCAAGAUUCUUGUACAAAGAGCUUUGCCUAAAGAUGGAGAUAAGAGUUCUGUUCUAUCAGAAAAUGAGUGUAGCCUGGACAGCUUCCAGCCUGAAUCCAACCUUUCCACCUUAUCUGCACACUCUGAAGAUGAAGAUGAUGUUUCAGUAAUCGAAGAAGUUCAUGAUAAGAAAGUAGAAAGUAAGAAAGGCAGAAGAGGUUCUAAACAAGGAGUAUUGGAACGAUCGCAUGAAACCUAUCGCCUCUUGAAAAGACGAAACAUUAUUGUUGAAGCUGUUAAAAACCUGCGAUUAGUGGAGAGCUUGUUCACGCUUCAGAAGAUGAUAAUGGAGCAGGAAAAACUGGAAGGUGUAUCUACAAGAUGCUGCAAAAAAUCCAUCUUGAGAUUGGUUCAUAAACUUUCUCAAGAAGGACUUGUAAGGUUGUACCGGACCACAGUUGUGCAGGAUGGAAUCAGUAAAAAAGUGGAGCUUGUUGUUCACCCUUCAAUUAAUCCUACUGAUCCUUUAGUGAAAAGUGCAAUUGAACAAAUACGUUUUCGUAUCUCCAAUUCAUCAGGAAACAGGACACGUUCUCCACAGGGCAUGGGCACAUCAAACAAGGCAGAUGAUCACAGUAAAGAAGGAACAAUGGGCAAAACACAGAAUGCUCCAUCAAAUCAGCAUGACAACUCUAGUAAAGUACAGCAAAAUACUGAUGAGAAGAUGGGAGUAUUACCAUUAAGGAAUUAUCAUCCAGUGAUAGUUCCUGGACUUGGUCGCUCUCUUGGCUUUCUUCCUAAAAUGCUCAGACUAAAAGUAACACACCUUUUUCUCUGGUACAUUGUCCAUGGUCACCAUAUAAGAAAACUUCCACAAGAGCAAACAACCAAUAAAGAUGCUACUUCCAGCGAUGCCAUUGGGGAACAACCUGAUAAUGCUGAAUCGAUUGUUAGUGACAACAUUUCAUGUCAAAAGGAUAGUAAAACAUAUCGAGAAAGCCAGACUUUGAAUUCUGAGGAACCCUUUGUGGACCCUACACCAGAGCAGAUUGUGGAAACUGUAUAUGUUAAUGACUCCUCUUGGAUGAGAUAUGUUCCACCUUCUACUAUACAUAGUGAAUAUGGCCCGGGCUGGGUUCUUGUUAGUGAUGUUCUGCUUUGCUUGCCCCUCUCAAUCUUCAUACAGAUUGUUCAAGUCAGUUACAAGGUGGAUAAUCUUGAAGAUUAUCUAAAUGAUCCAGUGAAAAAACACACAUUGAUCAGAUGUUUGCCAAGAUCUAUCCGACAGCAGCUGCUGUACAAAAGGAGGUAUGUGUUUUCUGUUUUCCAUGGUCUCCAAAAAUUAAACUGCAUGGGAUUGUUGCAGUUCGGUUCAACAGAAAAGUUUCAAGACAAAGACCAGAUAUUUUUGUAUGUGAGAAAGAAAGCAACAAUUGUUGACACAACAGCCUGCGACCCACAUUAUAACCUUGCACAAGGAAGCAAGCCUUUUGAUAAGCGAUAUUAUAGUUUUGAUACUUUGCAAGAAGUGGAGAAAUUUUGGUUUGAUUUACAGUUUGUCUGUCUGAAUACACCUUUAGGUGUUGUCCGUAUUCGUGGAAAGAAAAUGAAUCCUCAGACUCAAGAGGAAAAUGUUCUUGAUCCUGACAAUGAACAGGAAGAGAGAUCAAAUUUGGAGCGGAAAUCUGAAAACCUGGAAAGCAUCCCAGGCAGUAGAGAGGUAGUUGAUGAUGGGUCUAUUCCAGGAGAUGGACUGGGAGCUGGGGGACUUGACUCAAGCUUUUACAGUCACCUGAAGCGAAACUGGAUAUGGUUAAGCUACAUUUUUAACAAAACUAGCAAGAGCAAAGAUAAUGGCUUUACAAUGAGACUCCAGACAUUUCUAAAUAAGCAUACUUUACCCCUGGGUACAAGAGGUAGCCAAACACAUUUUUGGGGAGAUAAGAAUUUGGUAGGAAAAAGUGAACUUGUUGAGGUUGUCAAAGAAGCUGCAGAGAAUCGUAAUGAGCGGGUGUGUGGUGGGAAGGGCCGAAAGAGAAAAAGAUUUAAAAAAGAUAUCGGACCAAAGAGAAAAGCAAAGAAAAAAAAGAGCGACCCAUACAAGAAUCGGCGAUACCAUGAUGAGGCAGAUCAGAGUGCAUUACAAAGGAUGACUCGUCUGCGAGUGGCUUGGACAGCCCAAGAGGAUGGCUUGCUCAUGUUGUGCCGAAUAGCAAGUAACAUUCUGAAUAAAAAGGUGAAAAGACCAUUUGUUCCUUGGCAAGUUGUCCGAGAUAUUAUGCAUGCUAGCUUGGAAGAAUCACUUGAUAAAACAUCUCAUUCUGUUGGUCGAAGAGCUCGUUACACUAUAAAAAAUCCCCAGACAUAUCUUAACUAUAAAGUAUGCUUGGCAGAAGUCUACCAGGAUAAAACACUUAUUGAAGAGUUUAUGGCUGUAAAGAAGAAUUAUGAUGAUCCUAAAGUUUGUGCUGCAGAGUAUAAAGAACUUGUAGAAAGACUCAAGAAGAAAUUUAGUUCUACUCUGGGUUAUCCAACAUAUGAAAUUCCUGAUACUGUUGAUGAACUCUUUGCCAGGUACAGAAUUUUGGCCGUGGGGGAACAAACAGAUAAAGAGGGGGGAACAGAAAUUCUUGACAGUGUGAAUGAUAUCUAUGGUCUGGUAGUGGAGAACCUUAUUUUGAGUACAUUGUCUCUCUCUGACAAGCAGAUAAAAACCUGUCGAUCACUUCAAACUUUUCGAAUUUUCAGAGCAUAUAGAGAUGACAUUUUGGUCAAGGCUUUCCUGGAAUUUCAAAGUAGAAGGCUGGUAAAUCGUCGAAGAGGAAAUCAUAUGCUUGGUCCAAAGAAGCAUCGUGCCUUGCCAUUUGUGCCCAUGUCAUAUCAGUUAUCUCAGUCGUACUACAGGCUCUUUACUUGGCGGUUUCCGAUUGCAACCUGCACAGAGUCCUUUCAGUUCCUUGAACUGCUGAAAGCAACUGGAUAUGAAGAUCAGGUUGAUAGUUUUUCAUUUAGUGACCAAGAUAUAGAAGAAACAGAUAUGGUGUUGUUUCCAUUGGAUGGACCAGGUGGACAGUGCGCAACUGUAUUAUCUCUUCUGUUACUGGGCCUUGUCACAAUCAGUGUUAAAAUUCCAGACCAGAUUGUAGUGGUGGACUCUACCCUUGUGGACAAUGAAGUAAUGAAAGGCCUUGGAAAGGUUGGCAUGGAUGAUGAGGAUUUUGAGGACGAGUAUGUGGAUGAAACGAGUCAGAAGCGAAAAAUAGAAGUGAAGGCUAGACAGGCUUCUCAUACCAACUACCUGCUAAUGAGAGGUUACACUGCACCAGGAAUAGUCAGCACAAGAAAUCUGAACCCAAAUGAUAGUGUGGUUGUGAACUCAUGUCAAGUUUAUUUGAAACUAAAAGAAACACCUCUGAGUACAAGUCUGAGAACCCCAGUUUCUGCCCAAGAUGUCACUGAUGCAGCGAAUUCUCUGCCUUAUAAUUUCACUGGACUUUUAAAUACCAAAAAAACAAGCUUUGAUACAUUUCUUAAUGACUGCGCACAAUGUCAUGGUUACAGCUUGAGAGACUUAUCUUGUAUGUCUGAAAUAUAUUCUGCUAUUGAAGCCUGUUCCUUCCGUGGAAUUAAAAUAACAGAUCUUUUAAAUCGGUUCUAUUGGUGGGAGGAUCUAGACUCUGAAAGAACAAAAUAUUUGCAGCAAUACUUAAAGGAUCUCUUAACUUCUAGCCAGGUCUUAGAAGUAGGAGGAGCCUCAGUUAGACUUGUGGCUAUGAAACACGCAUAUCCUUGGGUUCAGCAUUCUGAUUAUAUAAAAGAACCCAUAACACAAGAGACAGAAAGUCUUAAUCAAGAUCCUGACUGUGUUGAAUCCGCUCCACUUGUGGUUGAGAACACUCCAGAAAGCACUGAAAGUUGUUCUGAGCCCCCAAUGAAGAAAGCACGUUCAGAAGAUAGUAACCAUGUGAGCCAGACAGAUUUAGAUAUAUCUUUGAUGUCUCCAUCUCUGAGCAUCAGGAUGGGGGAGAAUGUUCAAUACCAAAAUCAAGACACAGAAGAAUCUGUUGAGACAUUACAUGAAAGAGAGUCGGAUUGUUGUUUCCUUGGGAGACCUUGGAGAAUUGUUGAUGGCACCUUAAACAAACCAGUGUGUAAGGGUAUGCUUGAAGCGGUCUUAUACCAUAUAAUGACCAAGCCCGGGAUAACAGAGAUAAGCUUACUAAAGCAUUACAGUGGUGUUCUCCAACCUGUUGUUGUCAAGGAAGUGGUACAGGUAUUGGAACAGAUUGGGUGUAUUAAAAAGAGUUACAUUGAAAAAAGUUCGAAAGUUUCCUUAUUUUCACCCACUGCAAUUCCACAGCUGAUGGAGAAGCCUAAAAUAAAAGACGACCCCAUUAUAUUUUAUGAACCUACCAUUGACUGCACUUGGAGACUUGGUGGGAUUUUUCCAUCAGAAGUGAACUGGAACAAAUGGGUUAUGUAAUGUAAUGCACUAUUCUACUUAUUUAUAUACAUUGUGUUUGUGCCAAGGGAACUUGUUGUUUUUAUGUUUUAUAUAAUAAUAUACUUCUGAUAAGCCUUCCAAGGAGGAAAUAGCCCUAUUACCAGCCAUACAAAGUUAAAUAACUCCAUGUUUUAAAAUAAUAUUUUUGCAUCACUUGUGUAAAUUUUCUCUCUACAAGUUUCUUCUAAUUAAAAUUAGUUGCCUGUUACUGAAAUUGUUAGUUGAGCAAAAUAAACUUUACUUACUCUAUAUAAAUAA